AUGCAGGGCAGGCCUGCUGAGAAGGCUGAGCCUAUUUGCGCGGAGCUCACCCGCGAGCUGCAAGACAGCAUCCGGAGGUGCCUGAGCCAAAGAGCUGUGCUCCAACAGCAUCGCGUGAAGCUGGAGACUAAGCCCAAGAAGUUUGAAGACCGCGUGCUGGCCCUGACCUCCUGGCGCCUCCACCUCUUCCCCCUUAAGGUCCCAGCCAAGGUGGAGAGCUCCUUCAAUGUCCUGGAGAUCCGCGCCUUCAACACGCUCAGCCAGAACCUGAUCCUGGUGGAAACAGAGCGUGGCCUGGUGAGCAUGCGGCUGCCCUCGGCUGAGAGCGUGGACCAGGUGACCCGACACGUGAGCUCUGCCCUCUCCAAGGUCUGCCCAGGCCCUGGGUGUCUUAUCCGGCGAGGAAAUGCAGACACGCCAGAGGGGCCCCGAGACACAUCCCCCAACUCGGAGACAUCCACGUCUACUACCCACAGUGUCUGCGGUGGCUUCUCCGAGACCUACGCCGCCCUGUGUGACUACAAUGGGCUGCCCUGCCGUGAGGAGGUGCAGUGGGAUGUGGACACCAUUUACCAUGCCGAGGAUAACCGGGAGUUCAAUCUUUUGGAUUUCAGCCACUUGGAAAGCCGGGACUUGGCCCUAAUGGUGGCAGCCCUGGCUUACAACCAGUGGUUCACCAAACUCUACUGCAAGGACCUGCGGCUGGGCUCCGAAGUGCUGGAACAGGUGCUACAUACCCUGAGCAAGUCUGGUAGCCUGGAAGAGCUGGUGCUGGACAGCGCCGGGCUUAAGACGGACUUUGUCCAGAAGCUGGCUGGAGUGUUUGGCGAGAACAGGAGCUGUGUGCUGCAUGCCCUCACUCUAUCCCACAACCCCAUCGACGACAAGGGUUUCCUCAGUCUCAGCCAGCAGCUGCUCUGCUUCCCCACUGGACUCACCAAACUGUGCCUGGCCAAGACUGCCAUUUCCCCUCGAGGGCUCCAGGCGCUGGGCCAGACCUUCGGGGCCAAUCCAGCCUUUGCCAGCUCCCUUCGAUACCUGGACCUGAGCAAGAACCCCGGGCUGCUGGCCACGGAGGAAGCCAAUGUCCUCUACAGUUUCCUGGCCCAGCCCAACGCCCUGGUGCACCUGGACCUGUCCGGAACUGACUGUGCCAUCGACUUGCUGCUGGGCGCCCUGCUCCACGGCUGCUCUUCCCACCUGACCUACCUCAACUUGGCGCGGAAUAGCUGCUCCCACAGGAAGGGUCGGGAGGCCCUGCCCGCCUUCAAACAGUUCUUCAGCAGCGCCUACACGCUGAGCCACGUCAACCUGUCGGCCACACGGCUGCCCCUGGAGGCCCUCAGGGCGCUGCUGCAGGGGCUCUCCCUCAACAGUCACCUCAGUGACCUGCACCUGGACCUCAGCAGCUGUGAACUCCGCUCGGCUGGAGCCCAGGUCUUACAGGAGCAGCUGGGGAUGGUCACCUGCGUGGGCAGCCUGGACCUGUCGGACAAUGGGUUUGAUCAGGACCUCCUGACGCUGGUACCUGCGCUCGGCAAGAACAAGUCCCUCAAGCACCUGUUCCUGGGCAAGAACUUCAAUGUGAAGGCCAAGACCCUGGAGGAGAUCCUGCACAAGCUGGUGCAGCUGAUCCAGGAAGAGGACUGUUCCCUGCAGUCCCUGUCAGUGGCCGACUCCAGGCUGAAGCUUCGCACCAGCAUCCUCAUCAACGCCCUGGGCAGCAACACCUGUCUGGCCAAGGUGGACCUGAGCGGCAACAGCAUGGAGGACAUCGGGGCCAAGAUGCUGUCCAAAGCCCUGCAGAUCAACUCCUCCCUCAGAACCAUCCUGUGGGACCGGAACAAUACAUCUGCACUGGGCUUCCUGGACAUUGCCAGGGCUCUAGAGAGCAACCACACCCUGCGUUUCAUGUCCUUCCCGGUGAGCGACAUCUCCCAAGCCUACCGCAGUGCCCCGGAGCGCACGGAGGACAUCUGGCAGAAGAUCCAGUGGUGCCUGGUGAGGAAUAACCACUCCCAGACGUGCCCCCAGGAGCAGGCCUUCCGGCUGCAGCAGGGCCUGGUGACCAGCAGCGCCGAGCAAAUGCUGCAGCGGCUGUGCGGCCGUGUGCAGGAGGAGGUGCGGGCCCUGCGGCUGUGCCCCUUGGAGCCGGUGCAGGACGAGCUGCUCUAUGCGCGGGACCUCAUCAAGGACGCCAAGAACUCCCGGGCGCUCUUUCCCAGCCUCUACGAGCUGGGCCACGUGCUGGCCAGUGAUGGGCCUGUGCGACAGAGGUUGGAGUCAGUAGCCAGUGAGGUGUCCAAGGCCGUGGACAAGGAGCUGCAGGUGAUCCUGGAGUCCAUGGUCAGCCUCACGCAGGAGUUAUGCCCCGUGGCCAUGCGUGUGGCAGAGGGGCACAACAAGAUGCUGAGCAACGUGGCCGAGCGUGUCACUGUGCCCCGGAACUUCAUCCGAGGGGCACUGCUGGAGCAGGCGGGGCAGGACAUUCAGAACAAGCUGGAUGAAGUGAAGCUCUCCGUCGUCACCUACCUGACCAACUCCAUCGUGGACGAGAUCCUGCAGGAGCUGUACCACUCGCACAAGAGUCUGGCCCGGCACCUCACCCAGCUAAGGACCCUGUCAGAUCCACCAGGGGGGCCAGGCCAAGGACAGGAUCUGUCCUCCCGGGGCCGGGGCCGGAGCCAUGACCAUGAGGAGACCACAGAUGAUGAACUUGGGACCAACAUUGACACCAUGGCCAUCAAGAAGCAGAAGCGCUGCCGAAAGAUCCGCCCAGUGUCCGCCUUCAUCAGUGGGAGCCCUCAGGACAUGGAAGGCCAGCUGGGGAGCCUGGGAAUCCCCCCUGGCUGGUUCUCUGGCCUUGGAAGCAGCCAGCCCACAAGUAGUGGCUCCUGGGAAGGUCUAUCGGAGCUGCCUACUCACGGCUAUAAACUGAGGCAUCAAACCCAAGGGCGGCCCCGGCCCCCCAGGACCACCCCUCCCGGACCUGGUCGGCCCAGUGUGGCAGGGCCUGGGCCUCGUCAGGAGAACGGGAUGGCCACACGCCUGGACGAGGGGCUAGAAGACUUCUUCAGUCGAAGGGUCAUGGAUGAAAGUUCCAGCUACCCGCGGACUCUGAGGACCCUUCGGCCUGGCCUCCCCGAAGCGCCGCUGCCUCCGCUCCAGAAGAAGAGGCGUCGGGGCCUGUUUCACUUCCGGCGACCCCGCAGCUUCAAGGGCGAGAGAGGGCCCGGGUCCCCCACCACCGGUCUCCUCCUCCCCCCGCCCCCACCCCCACCCCCGACUCAGGAGAGCCCCCCCAGCCCAGACACCCCAAGCCUCGGCAGUAACCCGGCUUCCUGAUGGAGCCCCGAGGAGGAGAGCAGCCUCCUCCCUGGAUUUGGAGGGGGCCGGGGACCUUCCUUCCACAGAAAGAUGGGGACAGAGGUGUCGGAGCCUGGGGAGGGGGUGCCUGCCCUUGGGGCGUCACAACAGCCAAAUCGAGUCCAUGCUGUUGCCCUGCCGGGACUGGGGAGAGCCAAGGGCUGGAGCUUCGAUGGGAAACGAGAGAGCUCGGGCCCAGACCUGGAGGGCGGCAGCGCCCAGGCCUGGCAGAAAAGGCGUUCUUCCGAUGACGCAGGGCCUGGAGCCUGGAAGCCGCCUCCCCCACCCCAAAGUUCCAAGCCAAGCUUCAGUGUCAUGCGCCGAGCUGAGGCCACAUGGCACAUAGCUGAGGAAAGUGCUCCCCGCCACAGCUGCCAGAGCCCCAGCCCAGCCUCCCGAGAUGGGAAGGAGAAGGAGGGGGCCCUGUACCCUGAGAGGACGGUGCCAGCCAGGAACGCCAAGGAGCCCCCGCCAGCCCCACGCCCCCCCAAGCCAGUGGCUGUACCCAGGGGCUGGCGGCCUCCCCAGGAGCCAGGGAGCAGGGAAGAGCCUGAGACGGGGAGUGUAGCCCCCCACGGAGGGAGCAAACCCCGACUGGGGCUGGGCUCACAGCAAGACCAAGAGGAGCCGGAAGCCCAAGUGCCGCCUGAGCUGGGCCGCCGGACUGCCCCACUGAAGCCCAAGAGGUCGCGGCGCGCGCAGUCCUGUGACAAGCUAGAACCUGAUCGGAGGAGGCCCCCUGACCCCACAGGUGGCCCUGGGGAAGGAACCAGCGAGCCUGGAACAGACUGACAGCGGCGGCAGCCUCCCCAGCCCUCCUUUCUACAUGUGCCUCACAAAGAGUCAGCCCCCCUCCCCUUGGGCCCCUGCAGCCCCGGGCUUCUCUGUCAGCCCCCGCGCCCCACAAGGGCAGGGCAAGCUCAGGGAGGGCGGGAGACUGGGAACAGGAGGGGAUGGAGCAACCUGGGGAGAGGCGUGCUCACUGUCCCACUCCACAGAGAGCUUGGGGUGGGGGGGCCCUGUCUCCUCUCCUCCCCUGGGGGAGGGGGGCGGAUCUCUGUCCCUCUAGCCCCAGGGGGCUCUCUCCCCACUUGUACAGAAUAAAAGAACAAAAUCAC